GAGAAACAAUAAUGUACAGCCACAGAGCUGAAUGACGACCGCACACCCUCGUCUGCCACCGUCAUGACCACCUUCACCAUCCUGCUGAUCGAUAAAAAUGACAAUCCGCCCAGGUUUAACAGCUCUGAAUAUCGCGUCCUGAUCACAGAGCUGGCGCAGGUCGGCUUCGCUCUGCCUCUGUACAUACAGGUCGAAGACAAAGACGAGGGGGUGAACAGCAUGUUUCAGGUGGUCCUGACAGGAAAUAACUCUGAGCACUUCAGCAUCUCUCCCACCUCAGUGCAGGGCAGAGCAGACCUCCGUGUGCGUGUGGCCAUCCCGCUGGACUACGAAACCAUCAGGAGCUACAGAUUUUCUUUGAGGAAGUUCAACCUGCCACAAGAGCUGCUCACACAUUUCAAUUCAGCCAUCAUUGAGUCUGUCCUGUGA